AUGCACCCACAUGACAAACAUUCUUCAAGUCAGAAUCCUUUGUUAGCAAACAAAGAUUCACGAGAUGUUGAACUUCAGGAAACUGUUGCUCAACCGGUUGAGGAACAACAGUUCAUGAACUCGACCGCAACGAAUGCCAAUGUUUCAGUCAUCAAUGCUUCUAACGACAAUACACAAAAUAACUCGGAUCGAAAUGUAGAAGCAACAACGAGGAAGGAAGAUGACGAAAUCAUUCUCGAAGAUGACCAACACUUGGAUAUUCAUUACAAACCACCCUCAAUUCUUCACCAUGUGAUUGCUGACAAGUCCAUUCAAUUUUCAACUCUGCCAUCGUCGACCACACAAUCAGAACAUCAACAACACUUUAUUCAUCAUCAUUAUCAUCAUUUUACUAACUCUGAAAGCAGCUCUCGUGAUGAAAAGAAGAAUCCCUUACUGAAUGAGAAACAACCAUCUUCAACAAUUCCAACAACCACACAACCACAACAGACCACUCAUUUUCCAUCCAUAGUAUUAUUUAAUACUCCUUUCCAAGUGAUGGAAAAGAUGAAAUCAGAGGGUGUUCGAAAGUCAAAGCUCACUGUGGAUCAAUUGAUUAUUCUUUCCUUGUUUGCAGGUAUUUUCAAAGGAAUUGGAUGUACCUUGUCAUUGCUCACUGCUGGAAAUUCUCGAAGCCUGGAAGAGGAAAAUCCUGGAUUACAAAAAUUCUUCUUUGGAGCUGUAUUUCCCAUUGGUUUGGUUUUAAUUUCAGCAACUGGUGCUGAACUUUUUACUGCAAAUGUACUCGUGCUAUUGGUAGGAUUGUUUUCAAGGAAAUGGCGAUCUAAAAAAUUCUUCAUUCAAUUUACCCAAUUCUCAAAGAAUUUAUUCGUGAGUUAUGUGUUUAACAUGUUAGGGGCCUUUUUGAUGGCUUAUUUCUUUGUUUAUCUUAGCCAACCAUGCUGUACUGCUUAUUGGAUUGAAUAUAUUAAAAAUUUAGCAGUAGCUAAAACCUCAAGAUCAUUUGGAGCUUGUUUGGCCUCUGGAAUUGUUUGUAACAUAUUGGUCACGAUGGCUGUCUAUAAUUCACAGGCUGCAACAACUAUGGAGGGAAAGAUCCUUGGAAUUUGGUUUCCAAUUAUGACUUUUGUGGCCAGUGGAUAUGAGCAUUGUGUAGCAAAUGCUUUUUUCAUUCCUUUAGGCAUGUUGUACGGAGCAAAUGUGUCUCUUUACGAUUUUUUCAUUGGAAACCUUCUUCCUUCUACCAUAGGCAACAUUAUUGGAGGAGCUCUUGUUAUUGGAUGUUUGCUUUACUAUGUAUAUGAUUACAGAAAUAGACAUAAAAGAAUAUUGUUCAACGUCAUCGAGUUCGUUUGGGGUAAAAUCAAGGAAAAAUACCGAGCCAGAAACCCAACAGCGAGGUUGGAGCAAGUGUCAACACAAAGCUAA